GCCUAGGCCGGAAGUCACCUCGCCGCCGCUUCCUCACGCGAAGGCGUGGCGCGGGUCGGGUGGUCCCGCCCGAUGGGUGGUUGAGGAGGGAACGGAGCAGCUGCGGGGACCUUCCCCAAGGCGGCGAGGCCGUGGAGGCCGCGGGGGGUGGAGGCCCGCGGCGCUAUGGCUCACGUCAGCUCUCGCAAGCGCUCGAGGAGUCGAAGCCGGUCCCGGGGGCGAGGGUCCGAAAAGAGAAGGAAGAAGAGCAGUAAGGACGUCCCGAGGAGCUGCUCGGCUUCUAGAUCCCAAGACCACAAGGCCAGCACCAUCUCUGGGGCGGAGGCCUCGCCUUCUCCCUGCAUCACAGAGAGAAGCAAGCACAAGGCCCGGAGGAGACCACGAUCCAGCUCCUCCUCCUCUUCUUCCAGUUCUUCUAGCUCUUCUUCCUCCUCGUCCUCCUCCUCUUCCUCCAGUGGCGGCCGGAAGAAGCGGGGGAAGCACAAGGACAAGAAGAGGAAGAAGAAGAAGAAGAGGAAGAAGAGGCUGAAGAAGAAAGGCAAGGAGAAGGCGAAGGGGCAGCAGGGCGAGGCUCUGCCGGGACCCUCGCUGGACCAGUGGCACCGGUCAGCUGAGGAGGAAGACGGCCCAGUCCUGACGGAUGAACAGAAGUCCCGCAUCCAGGCCAUGAAGCCCAUGACCAAGGAGGAGUGGGACGCUCGGCAGAGCGUCAUCCGCAAGGUGGUGGACCCGGAGACGGGACGCACCAGGCUCAUUAAGGGAGAUGGCGAGGUCUUAGAGGAAAUCGUAACUAAGGAACGACACAGAGAGAUCAACAAGCAAGCUACCCGAGGGGAUGGCCUGGCCUUCCAGAUGCGAGCAGGGCUGCUGCCCUGAGGGCCCUGCAGGCUAGGUGCUGGUGGUGCGGCCUGGACGCCGGCUUCGGGGUGGGCCGCAGGAAGCGCAGUAGGUGCUGUCUGCCUUCCCUCCUGUGGACUGGCCUGUGGCUCAGCCACCUCUCAGACGCAGGGGGUGAGGACAGGGUCACUGGCCUAAUCAGCUCCUCCAUCUCCUGCAAGAGCACCACUUCCCAAAUAUUAAAUGUGCCCUGGUUGGAAA